AUGUCUCGUUACAGGGAAUGGGAUCCUUCAUGCAAAGUGUAUGUUGGAAAUUUAGGAAGCAGUGCUUCUAAAUACGAAAUUGAAUCUGCGUUCAGCAAGUAUGGCCCUUUGAGAGACGUGUGGGUUGCAAGAAAUCCACCAGGCUUUGCAUUCGUAGAGUUCGAGGAUGCGAGGGACGCCGAGGAUGCUGUUAGAGGAUUGGAUGGCAUGAGGAUGUGUGGAACACGUGUGAGAGUUGAAAUGUCCACCGGCGGUAGUCGACGACCAGUUAACUCUGGCCGAAGGCGCUCAAGAUCACGGACGCCACGCAGACGCUCUCACAGCCGCUCAAGAUCCCGCAGCCGCACUCCAAGGCGCUCUCGUUCGGAUUCAAGAGAUAGAAGAUGA